UCUGAAGUCCGGGUACCAUCAGAUUGCAAUCCGGCCCGAGGAUCAACACAAAACCGCAUUUCAGACCAGGUACGGUCUGUACGAGUUUUGUGGUGAUGCCUUUUGGCCUUUCAGCACGCUAUGAAUCGGAUAUUCCAUGACUACUUGGAUAAGUUUGUCGUCGUGUACCUCGAUGACAUACUUAUUUUWAGUAAGACUGUCGAGGAGCACGUAGCACACUUAGACAAAGUUCUCAGUCUCCUGCCACAGCACAAGUUCAAGAUCAACGGUGAAAAGCGCGAGUUUGGCCGCAUCCGUAUCUUGUACUUGGGUCAUGAGAUCUCCGCGGAAGGGUUGAAGCCCGAUGACGCGAAGGUGGCCAGCAUUCGUGACUGGCCACGACCUCAGUUCGUGACUGAGAUGAGAUCUUUCUUAGGAAUGACAGGCUACUACCGGACUUUUGUAAAGAACUAUAGCAUAGCGGCCGCUCCUUUGACUGAUCUGACCCGCCUUGACACCCCGUGGGAGUGGACAGAUGAGUGCGAGGCUGCUUUCAGACAUCUGAAGCAUGCAUUGACGCACUAUGAAGUCUUGAAGCUACCCGAUCCUGAUAAGCCAUUUAUAGUAACCACGGAUGCUAGCCAAUAUGACAUUGGUGCCGUGCUUGCGCAGCAGGAGGGGCCAAAGUUGAGGCCAAUUGAGUACAUGUCUAAGAAAAUGCCGUCUCAGAAGUUGGCUAAGUCCACUUAUGAGAAGGAACUUUAUGCGGUGUACAAGGCUCUCACCCAUUGGAGACAUUAUCUCCUUGGGAGACUUGAGGCGAAGGACAAGAAGACGUCCGCCGAGUUUGAGUUGGUUAAUGGCUUGCUAUUCCUUGAGAAGGCAAGGAAUAAACGAUUGUGUGUUCCCAAUAGUGAGUCUUUGCAUAGUUUGUUUUUAGGUGAGUGUCAGGAUGUCACCGGUCAUUUCGGGUAUAAGAAGACCGCAGCCAACUUGCUGCAGCGAUUCUGGUGGCCCACGAUGAAGCGAGAUGCACAGCAGUACGUGGAGACUUGUCAAGUUUGUCAACGGGACAAGCCCCGUACUCAGGCUCCUCUUGGGCUGCUCAAGCCCCUUCCGAUUCCGAAAAGGCCGGGUGAAAGCUUAUCCAUGGACUUCAUGGAUACGCUGGUCACCAGCAAGAGUGGGAUGAGGCAGAUCUUCGUCAUCGUGGAUAGGUUUAAGGAAGCUAGGCGAAAGGUUGAUGAACAAAUCGCCAAGCUGAGGAAGGAGAAAGAGGAAGCUGAGGAGGCAGGGAGGCAGGAGGAAAGGAGGAGACAGCUUUUGGUGGAGGUGCAGAAGGUGGUUGACAGUGGUUCUGCCAGUGGGUACAAUAAGAGUAUUGCUGAGUUGGUCAUCCUGAAUGACACCCUCAGCAGGUCUUAUUUUUCCAACUGGGACCACCGGAUCUCUGCUGUGGAGAGUCAGGUCUCUGCCAUCGAACACAAGGCGGAUCAGAUGGCAAAGGAUCUGACCUCUCUGAUGACAGGGAUGAACAGCGUUCUGCAGCACCUGAAGCUGCCUCUCCUGUCCCCCCAGCCGGUACAGCCAGAGCUGAUCACCCGACCAGCGGGUUCACCACCUCACAGUCGUCCAGCCUCACCUGCUGGUUCUCAUGUAUCCACCCCUUCUGUUGCUUCUGGUACAUAUGUGCAGCGAGGGUCCAAGCUGACACCACCUCCUAUGUAUUCUGGGGAAGACCCCAAGGUGGAUGUAUCAGACUGGGUCACCGCUAUGCAACCAUACCUGGGCAGCUUCACAUGCCCAGAAGCAACAAAGGUGAGAACCAUUCUUGGCCGGUUGGAGAGGUCUGCACUGAAAUGGUGCACCUCCUCUGCAACCAAAGAAAAUAUUGCUAUGGAUAGAUGGGCACAGCAGCUGGGGGUGGCAAGGUUGCUGAAGGCGCUGCAGGACCGGUUUGCUGACAGGGAGCAGGCCCGCAAAGCAGCUGAUAAAAUUAUGCUGCUUGGGUCCCAUAGAUUUGAGGGCUCUCUGUCCAAGCUCUACAGUCUGUUUGAGAGCUUGACCUCUACACCUGGUCUGGAGAUGAAGAUGCAUCGCAUACUCAGGCCUUACCUGGACAGGUUUGUAGUUGUGUACCUGGAUGACAUCCUGGUAUUCAGUCGAUCUGUCGAGGAGCAUGCGCAGCAUCUGGCUCUAGUUCUCCAGGCACUACAUGAGGCCCAGUAUAAGAUCAACAGGGAAAAGUCCUCCUUUGGAGUGACUUCUGUGACUUAUCUGGGACAUGUAAUCUCUGGGGAAGGGUUGGCCUCUGAAGCGCCAAAGAUUGCAGCGAUUCAGGACUGGCCACAGCCUACCACAGUUCGUGAUGUCCGGUCAUUCUUGGGCCUUGCAUCAUACUACAGGAAGUUCGUUAAGAACUUCUUUGCCAUUGCUGCACCCCUGACUGAUCUCACAAAGAAAGAUACCCACUUUCUUUGGACAUCAGACUGUCAGCAGGCUUUCACACACCUCAAGGAGGCCUUGAUGUGUGCACCUGUUCUGAAGCUACCUGACCCGACCUUGCCUUUCGUACUAACUACUGAUGCUAGUCAGUAUGGGGUUGGGGCGGUACUUCAGCAGGAUGGUGGGCAUGGUCUGCAACCAGUUGAGUAUAUGAGUAAGAAGAUCAAGGUCAAGAAGCUGCAGGAUUCCACAUACGAGAAAGAGCUAUAUGCUCUCGUGUCAGCGCUGAAGCAUUGGAAGCAUUUCCUCAUGGGCCGGCAUUUUCAGAUCUUUUCUGAUCACUCCACCGUACAGUGGAUGAAGACUCAGGGGGAACUGAAUGACAAGCUCGCGCGCUACAUUCAGUUCAUUGAUCUCUUUGACUUUGAACUGAAACACAAGAAGGGCUGCUACAAUCGUGUAGCAGACGCCCUUUCUCGUAGGCCUGACGCUGUCUGCAUGAUCUCCUCCACUCAUACCUUUGGAGAGAGUACUCGUCAGACCAUUGCCCAGGUAUUGCCACAGGACCCGACUUUCGGCCCGAUCGUCAGGAAUCUGCAGACUGAUCCUGCCUCUGAACCAGGAUAUCUUCUGGUUUCAGAUCUGCUGUACACGUGCAGCAGAGGAGAGGAGCGUAUGUGCAUCCCUAAGGACCGCCAGCUGAGAACACUCAUGAUGUCUGAGUGUCAUGAUGCUCGCGGCCACUUUGGGGCCUUAAAGUCGUUGGCAGCCCUGUCGCAGCGGUUCUUCUGGCCUGAGAUGAGGAAAGACAUGCUGCACUAUGUUGAAACCUGUGAGCUGUGCCAAAGGAACAAGGUCGUUCGUCGGCCUCCCCUUGGCCUACUCCAACCACUUCCCAUCCCUGAGGCACCUGCACAGUCAGUGUCUAUUGAUUUCACUGAUCUAGGGAGGACCACUCCCCGUGGUAUGCGUCAGGUUAUGGUGUGUGUUGACAGGUUCUCUAAGUAUGCAGAGUUUAUUCCUCUGCCAGAGGAAGCCAGAGUCCUGGCCGUACGAGCGGCCUUUGCUGACAGGUGGGUUACUCACCAUGGACCACCCACCUCCAUUGUCAGUGAUAGAGAUCCGCGAUUCUGCAGUAAUGAGUGGCAGUCCUACUGUAAGGACUACCUUCAUUCCAGACUGAACAUGACAUCUGGUCAUCAUCCUGAAGCCAAUGGGCAGGUUGAAGUGAUGAACCAGAUUCAGUUUCAGUUGCUGCGUCCUGUGAUGGGCCCUGAUCAGCAGGAUAGGGAUCUCCAUCUAGGACGGGCACAGCUAGUGUACAACACCUUUGUACACUCCUCCACCGGGUUCACCCCUUACCAGUUGCACUGGGGACGUGAACCACGGCAGCCUCUCGAUGAUAUCAUCGAUAAGGCUACACCGAGACUGACCCCUGGAACUGCAGAGUUCACCAGGCAGUAUCAGAGGGAUAUCGAACGAGCCAGAGUUAACCUGCUCAAAGCCCAAAAGGCUAUGAUUCAGCAGGCUAACAAGCAUCGUCGACCAUCCCCCAUUCGCGAUGGUGACUGGGUCUGGGUACUCAGUUCUCAGCUAUCACGGGAGGAGGACAUUUCGCCUAAGCUGUUGCCGCGCUAUAUGGGCCCAUGGCAGGUUUUGGAUACAGCGGGGGCUGACCCUUUUGGGCCAUCCUAUCAUGUAGAUGUCCCACUGCAUCUACAAACCUACCCUGUCUUCCAUGCAUCUAAGCUGUUGCCUUUUACGCCAGCUGAUGCAUUUCCGGACAGGCCUCCACAAUUUGGUCCCCCAAUCCCUGGGAAGGGAUAUGAGGUGGAAGAAGUUGUGGAUGAGUAUGGUACAGGCCUGGAUAAGGAGUACCUUGUGAAGUUUCUUUACCAGCCCCAUACUGAGGAUCGUUGGUUCACUCGCAAGGAGGUCCUGAAAACAGCGAAGUCUGUAAUCCUCAAAUGCGAGGCUGCGCAGAAGGGAGAGCCCCUUCGACGCUCUGCACGCCUACGCCCCUAGCUCGGAGGUCCUCGCUCCGGGGGAGGGUAGGUCUGCAACGACUUGCUGUUUCCAUGCUGCCUGUAGCCUCACUCUGACGA